UCGCAUCGUUUGAAGUGUGAACUUAAAUCACCCUCAGUUUCAAUACCACACUCAAGUGCUCUAAUAGUGAUCGUGAAUUCCUCGAAACCUCCGAGUUUCAAUAUUCAACGUGUAAAUUAAAUAUUUAACUCCGUUCAUUUUCAGAAAACAUGAAUCACAGUCAAUCGACCAUCAAAAUGACAUCUCACUUCAUGUCCGCUCAGGUGAUUCUCGGUACCUGUCUGACGAUAGCCGUACUCUCAUGCGGGAUGAUCACUGUACAAGCUGAUGAUGAAGUACCGGCGUUCUUCCUCAAAAUCGCGAAGAAUGUACCCAGAAUCGGACGCAGUGACAAGUAUCACGAGUACUUCUUGAAGCAAGCGAAGAAUGUGCCGAGAAUGGGGAAGCGAGAGGAUUAUGAUCAAAUUGCAGAAUCCUUUUACAAUAAUCGGGAACCGUUCGCCCAACGUCAGAAGCGAAUGGUCAGUCAUGCAAGUGCCGGAGGUUUGGAUUCUUCGACAUGGGGCCACUUUCCACUAGCCAUCGAGGGUCCUCCCGAGCUUUGGCGCGCACUAGCUUCUUACGCCAGUGAUCGGUACGGCACAUCUUCUGUGAAUGAGAUUAACAAUGAUCUUUGGUCGAGGGACAAGCGAUCACCCCCACCAUCCCCAUAA